UAAUCCAAAAUAAGAUAAAACUAUGCAUCUUGAUUUAGUUUUAGAUUAAAACUAAUUGAAAAUGUUGCUUCUCAAGCUCGUUAUUUUAACAUUCUUCAUCCUAUUAAAUUUUUUAACUAUUUUUGGGAUUGAUUUGGGUGAUAAAUGCAGUUCUAAUUAUUAUUGCUGGUACAUAGCAAAUGCAGAGUGCCGAAAUAAUAUUUGUCAAUGUAUGGAAGGAACAACUCAAUACAGUGAAGGUUGUCUUGAAGAUGUAAACCCAAAAAUAGCUUGCCCAAAUUCAAAUGAAUGCUAUCUUUUGGAGUAUAAUUCGAUUUGCGUGAACGGAUACUGCCGAUGUCCUAUUAAACACCAUUUUAGAGAUGGAAAAUGUCACUAUAAUAAAUAUUUGCGCGAACCUUGCACGGAAGAUAAAGAAUGUUAUCUCGGGAUGCAAUUCGUUGGAAGUAUGAUUUGUAAAAACUUCAGAUGCAAUUGCAACAAUGGGUAUCAUUCAGUAAAUUCAAGAUGCAGAAAUGGAUCAAUCAAAAACAUCCCCGGAGUUGUUUAUUAUUACUGGUAAUAACGUCAUUAACAAAAAUACUUUGAAUAAUCACAAAUUUAUUAAAAUUAAAAGCAAUAUAUUUUAAAUUUAAUUAAAUAAUUUAUAUUUUAAUAUUAGUGUACAGAUUCCUUUAUUAUCCUAUAAAUUUGAAACAUAACUUUAAAACGUCAAAUACGUCAACCUUAAAACUUUUGGGGCCAUUAUCGUUCGGUAAUUCCUCAGAAUCUGAUGAAAUGAACAAAGAAUCUCCUUGUUUGAUCUGCAUGUACCUUGCACGGAAGAUAAAGAAUGUUAUCUAGGGAUACAAUUCGUUGAAAGUAUGAUUGCAACAAUGGGUAUCAUUCAGUGAAUGCAAGAUGUAGAAAUGGAUCAAUCAAAAACAUUCCCGGAUUUAGUUGUUUAUUAUUACUGGUAAUAACGUCAUUAACAAAAAUACUUUGAAUAAUCACAAAUUUAUUACAAUAAAAAAUAUAUAUUAAAUUUAA